AUGAGGCUGCUGGAGUGCAAGAUUAAGGGGUUCCUGGACCGGCCAUACUCCUGGGAGAAGUUAGCUGACAUCCUCAAGGUUUUCUGGUUCUACCGCAACCCGACCCCACUCCUCUCCCCAGGCAAUGGGGUUUUAUUUAAAGGGCCGGUGUGUGUAUCCCCAGAGUAUGUCUUUGAGCACUGGCAAGAAGAUGCUUUCUUCGGGUACCAGUAUCUGAAUGGGUUCAACCCUGUUCUGAUCCAGAAAUGCACGGCGCUCCCGGAGAAUUUCCCGGUGACACAGGAGAUGGUGGCCGGCUUCCUGGGGGAAUCCACCAGCCUCCAGGAGGAGCUACAGAGAGGGAGCAUCUAUAUCGCAGAUUACAAGCUCCUGGAAGACAUUCCCACCACUAAAGUGAACGGGCACCAGCAGUACAUCGCCGCACCCCUGUGCCUGCUGCACCAGAAACCCAGCGGGGAGGUCGUCCCCUUGGCCAUCCAGCUCAGCCAGCACCCAGGUCCCGAGAGCCCCAUCUUCCUGCCCAGUGAUUCCGAGUGGCUCUGGACUCUGGCCAAGACCUGGGUGCGCAACUCCGAGUUCCACCUGCACGAGGUCACCUCCCACCUGCUCCGCGCCCACCUGCUGGCCGAGGUCUUUGCCGUGGCCACCCAGCGCCAGCUGCCCAUGUGCCACCCCCUGUACAAGCUCCUGAUCCCUCACAUCCGGUUCUCCAUCCACAUUGAUGUCCUGGCCCGGACCUUUCUCAUCAGCCCCGGGGGCGUAUUCGAUCGGGCCAUAGCAACUGGGCGUCGAGGCCUCGCCGAGCUGCUCCGCAAGGCCCUGGAAAACCUAACCUACACCACGCUCUGCUUUCCCGAUGACAUCCAGGAACGCGGUGUCGCCUCGCUCCAGAACUACUACUACAAGGACGAUGGGCUCAAGAUCUGGGCAGCUAUAGAGAGCUUUGUCUCCGGCAUUGUGACAAUCUACUACCAGACCAGCCUCUCGGUGCAGAGUGACCACGAGCUGCAGGCGUGGGUGGGCGAGAUAUUCGCCAAGGGAUUCCUUGGCCGACAGGCAUCGGGCAUCCCCUCGGCUCUGGGCACCAUGGCCGAGCUGACCAAGUACCUGACCAUGGUGAUCUUCACCUGCUCUGCCUAUCACGCUGCCGUCAACGCCGGGCAGUUCGAGCUGGCAGCCUUCAUGCCCAAUUACCCGUCGUCCAUGCGGAAGCCACCGCCCCGGAACAAGGCCAAGGUGACCCUGAAGCAGUUCCUGGACACCAUCCCCGAGAUGAACACCACCAGCCUGAUCCUCUCCGUCCUCUGGGUGCUGCGUAAUGAGGAUCGGGACAUGAGACCCCUGGGGACAUACCCUGAGGAGCACUUUACCGAACACGGGCCAAAGCAACUCAUGGCUGCCUUCCAGGAUCGCCUAGCAGAGAUCUCCCGGGAAAUCAAGGAGAGGAACCGGUCGCUGAGUCUGAGCUACAACUAUAUGUAUCCUCCUAACAUAGAGAACAGUACAGCAAUAUAACACCCAGAGGUGCCACCCCUCCAACUGCCCCACGAUGAAGAACCCCUCACCCAGACACCCACCACUGAAUACCCCUGCAGUAAUCGGCAACAGCAUCUCCACAGCACACUGCCAAAUGCUUGCUGGCAUCCUGAGAACAUUCACCCAGCCUGAUGGAGCAAUGGUGAAUCACACACACUGGGGAUCUGGCCCCAUUAAGUCCAAUGAAGAGACGCCCAUUGACACCAGCUGGGAUCUGCUCAGGGCCACCAUAAACCUCCAGUUCAGGGAUUUCCCUACACCCCCCCUACACCCUCCUAAAUUUCCCCAACACCCUCC